AGUUGUGAGGCGCUGAGGCGGCGGCAGCGGCAGCGGGACCGGAGGCACCGGCACCAUGGACGACUUGGAUGCCUUACUGGCGGACCUGGAAUCCACCACCUCCCAUAUCUCCAAACGGCCAGUGUUUCUAACGGAGGAAACACCUUACUCCUAUCCAACUGGAAACCACACAUACCAGGAGAUUGCUGUGCCACCUCCAGUGCCUCCACCACCUUCCAAUGAGGCCCUGAACGGCACUGUGAUUGACCCCUUAGAUCAGUGGCAACCCAACGUGUCCAGAUACGUCCACCAGCAACCUCAGUCCCAGUCUCCUAUAUACAGCUGUAGUGCCAAAAGCUCCAGUGCCUCUGUUCCUAGAGACGGACUGAGCUCUCCUUCUCCCCGUGCCAGUGAAGAGGAACACGUCUACAGUUUCCCGAACAAGCAGAAGUCUGCAGAGCCAUCUCCCACAAUGAACAGCUCCUCUCUGGGCAGCAACCUCUCAGAACUGGACAGACUUCUUCUGGAACUGAAUGCUGUUCAACAUAAUCCCACCAGUGGCUUCCCAGCAGAUGAAGCCAACAGAAGCCCAUCGCUGCCCAGUGUUACUGGCCCUCACUAUGUUGUGCCAGAGAACAGCAGCUCUGUGGGAGAGAAGGCUGCACCCCCAACAAAAGAAAAGCCAAAGCGAAAUGGUGCACGUGGGAUUGAAGAUGUGCGUCCCAGUGUGGAGAGCCUGCUGGAUGAGCUGGAGAGCUCUGUGCCAAGCCCAGUCCCUGCAAUCACUGUGAGCCAGGGUGAGGUGAGCAGCCCCCAGCGGGUCACCAGUCAGCAGCAGACCCGUAUAUCUGCUUCUUCAGCUACACGAGAAUUGGAUGAGUUGAUGGCAUCUCUCUCUGACUUUAAGUUCAUGGCACAGGGGAAAGCCGGGAGCAGCUCCCCUCCAUCCACAGCCUCCAAGCCUGGCAGUCAGCUGGACACCAUGCUGGGAAGCCUGCAGUCUGAUCUGAACAAACUGGGUGUAGCUACAGUUGCCAAAGGUGUCUGUGGAGCCUGCAAGAAGCCUAUUGCUGGGCAGGUUGUUACAGCCAUGGGGAAAACCUGGCACCCUGAGCACUUCGUCUGUACCCACUGCCAGGAGGAGAUCGGGUCACGAAACUUCUUCGAGCGGGAUGGUCAGCCCUACUGUGAGAAGGACUAUCACAACCUCUUCUCUCCUCGCUGCUACUACUGCAAUGGGCCGAUCCUUGAUAAAGUGGUGACGGCUUUGGACAGGACAUGGCACCCAGAACACUUCUUCUGUGCCCAGUGUGGAGCUUUCUUUGGACCUGAAGGAUUUCAUGAGAAGGAUGGCAAAGCCUAUUGCCGCAAGGACUACUUUGAUAUGUUUGCUCCCAAGUGUGGAGGCUGUGCCCGGGCUAUCCUGGAAAACUACAUCUCUGCCUUGAACACCCUGUGGCACCCUGAAUGCUUUGUCUGUCGGGAAUGUUUCACACCAUUCAUCAAUGGCAGCUUCUUCGAGCAUGACGGGCAGCCCUACUGCGAGGUGCAUUACCACGAGCGCCGCGGCUCACUCUGCUCCGGUUGCCAGAAGCCUAUCACAGGACGCUGCAUCACUGCUAUGGGCAAGAAAUUUCACCCCGAACACUUUGUCUGUGCCUUCUGCCUCAAGCAGCUCAACAAAGGAACCUUCAAAGAACAGAACGACAAGCCCUACUGCCAGAACUGCUUUCUCAAGCUCUUCUGUUAGAGGCAUCGUAGACGGGCGCUAAGCAUCUUUCUGCCACCCCCUUGGCAGUUCUAUCUCUCUGAACAUUACUGUGAUUUAGAAACCUGACCAGGCAGGGGAGGAGGGUGGGGUGGGGGUGGGUGGGAGUGCUUUCUGCUGCUAUGAGAGGCAGUAGAUCCAGAGAUGAGACGGACCAUUAAACUGGAAAUGCCCUUGCUGUGUCUCAGUAGAGAGAGGCCAAGAUCCCUCAUUAUGGUGCGAGUCUGUGUGUGUGACUGACAGCUGAGCUUAGCUCAAGGGCUCCAACAGGGAGAUUUUACCCAGCCCCCUCCUGGCAGAAGGAGUCUUUGCCAGUACAUUUCAGCCUGUGUCAGCUUCCUGAGCAAAUGGUGACGCUUGCAGACAGCACAGCCCUCUGCUUUGACACCUUUUUCAGGCUUUAGUCUGUGUGCAUGCAGGCUGAGCAAUAGCACAGCGAGGGCACCCUGUGAUCUCAGUGACACCCUCAGAUCUGUACUCACUAGAACCAAGGGGGGUGUGUGACUUACUGAGAUCAGAGCAUCAGCACAGGCAGCCAAGACCCUGCAAGGGUCUCUCCAGUUCCAUUACACUGUAAGGAGAUGAUACCACUUAUUUCUUUUUUAAAGCGGAAUCAAGGUGUUACUGUGUGGGGUUUUUGUUUUGUUUUCUUUUCCCCCCUAGUUUGUUCCCUGCCUUUUCUCAACACACUGGAGCAGGAGGUGGAGUAAGCCCCAACCACCCCUUGGCACUGAUGUGCGCUCCUGUGGGUGAUAUCCUAUGCCAGACACCUAUGUCAGCACGCAGGCUUGCUCAGGGCAUCUGCUCCCAUUGCCUGCUGCUCCCAGGAGGAAGAGGCAUCAUCCCUGCUUUAAAAGCAGGAGCAGACAGGUUAGAGCACAGCCUUAUUCAUCCAUCCCUGUCACGAGUGUGUCAUGUGUGUGUGUUUAUCUGGCCUGAAACUCUCCCGUCUAUCAGGACCUGAAAGCAUCACAAGAGCAGGGAGAAGUGGAGGGUUUAAGAAGCCAGGGAAAAAAGAUCCAAAAUUUAUAUCCUUUCUUCUUCCUCUCUUUGCUAAUGAGACUUGUCAGCCCCAUGGUAUUUCCCUUUUCUGUGCUCUUGUUAAACAUGUUCUACUGAGAGAUGCUAGAGCAAUAACCUUUUAUAUUGACUGUUACUGGUAUAACACGUCCCUUGGGUCAGGUGUGUGUGACACACUUGGGGUUUUACUAUCAAAGCAAAUACUGUAUCCUGUCUUUGAUAAGAACUGUAGAUUUCUACACUGAUUUUGAAUUCAUAUCUAAUUUACUUUUAAUCCUCUUAUACAGAAAUUGAUUUUGAAGUGAUUUUAAGAAAGCAACUUUUAUAUCAAGCUGUGCUGUUCUAGGCAGUGUGCCAGUUGUGCUGGUUACUGCAUCUGUAACCUCAACGCUUUGUUAAGCCUAACUAACAUUCAAUAGUUUCUUUUUAUUGCGGGUUGGGAGGGGCUGGAAUCUUAUGGGGAAGGGAAUGUGGCUUGUAUGGGUUUUUUUUCUCCUAGCACAGGCAGGUGAACUGUGAAUAGCUCCCACCCCCAGUCACCUGAAAGUGUGUGUUUUGGGGUUCAUUGCAACCUGUAAACUGCUGUAUUUGAAUCGCCUGCCAUUCUCCCAAAGCCCAGCUUCCAGGAUGUUAGAAUGAGUCUUUAAUACGAUGCUGCAGGGGGGAAGAGCUCAGAUCUUUGCCCUUGGUUUCUCCUCUUCAGCCCCUGGAAACCAGAGCAGGGCUGACUGGGAAAGGGCUUCCUUUUGUGCCUAACGAGAAGACACAGGCAGACUCUGUUCCUGACUAGCUGUGUAACUUUGGGCCAGUCACCAAACCUUACUGUGCCUCUGUUUCCCCAUCUGUAAAAUGGGGGCAGUCUAACCUGGAUUUGUGAGGUGGUUGUGAGGCUUAGUUCACGUUUGCUAAAGCACUUUUAGGUCUCUGGCUGGAGGGUGCUAUGGAAGGUGAAGUAUUAGGCUGAAGUACCCGAUGGUGUUCUGUGGUACCAGCUUGGUGGGUGCAUUUGGGGUCUGGGAGGAACUGUGUCAGAAACCAGCCCAACCUUAGGCCACAAGCUGCGGGUCACUGCCCUGUGUAACCUUCCACAGUGCUUCACUGUCCAGCUCAGUCACUGAAACUGGUUUUGAUGUUUCCCCACACAAAUGAACCUUGGUCUGUGCUUUGAGACUGAGGGGAGCUGCGGGGCCCUUAGUGCUAACACUGUGUCAGCUGGGGAGGGCUUGCAGGGCAACAAACCUGACACAUUUGUCUUUCCAUUUCUGAAGUGGGUUUGACUUCAAAUGUUUCUAAGUUGCAUGUGGUUAUCUCACCAAAAAGGUCAGCUGCCUUCAGCCCUGCUAAGAGGACAAAGAGCUGGUGUCGGGGGGGCCAAGAGAGGGGCGAGAAGAGGUUUCUGGCACUACCACUUGUGUGAGACCAGCAAACUGUGUAACCGUGUGCCUCAGUUUCCCUGUCCAGGGAGUCUUUAACCUACCUCACUGCCAGUUGAGGCUUGUGUAAGGGAUGCAUCUGGCAUGCAUGGAAAGCGCUGGGUGCCACGGGGAGUGCCGGUGGUGCACAGUGCCGAAGGGGAGGCUCAUCUGUUGUGAGUGCUUAGCAGAGAGUGUUAAACACUCACCUUCUGAGCAGGCUGUUGAGCCUGUCCUGGAUUUAUCUGGUGUCUGAUGUGCUGGGAUGCUACACGGGUGCUACUUUGCCAAAUACAAUGACCUUUGGUGGCUGUUGCCACCGCUGUGCGUGUCCAGAAUGGCCUGACAUUUGAUUUUAGGAUGCAGCUUUAGGGCAGCACAGCCAUGGCACAGAACCAGCAGCCAGGGAGGGGGGCGUGUGGCGAGGGCUGCAGAGGGGUGCAUGUUACAGCCCCCGCACCAAGUGCAGCCCCUGGGGCCGGUCCUUCACAGCACGUCGGGGCCGGGCUGGGGGUGCUCCGCUGGGUCCAUGGUUAUUUGAUGUCUUUUCUCCCCUGUAAACAUCUAACUUUGCUUUUAUUUUUUUUUUCCAUUUAAAAUUCUUGCAGUUACACUAAUAAAAUUUUUACCAUUAUUCUCA